GUCAACCGUGAGUGUUCACUGCGCAUGCGCGGCGCGAAGAAGCGCGCGUUACGCAACAGCCUGUUAGCGAAAGCGUCGUUAAAGAGUGUUGUUUUAACACGAUCUAACCGUGUUAUGUUUCCAGCAUUGACCCGAACCCGAGCUCGGUGUGUCCGUCGGUGCUGUCUCACGGGCGGGUGUUGUGUAGGUCAGGAUGAGGCUGCAGUGUGAUGUGGAGGUCGUUAACCGCGCGUUACCGUCGCUGGGGCUGCGGAGGAACGGCAGAUCGCGCCGUGCGGUUCUGUCCAUCGGGAAACACUUGGACCGGAAUCCGAGCAGCAGCGGCCUGUUUCUGCUCAUCUGCACCGCCAAAGACCGCAGCGGAGUCCGAUACAAGCUGAAGGAUAACAUCGAGAAGUUCUUCACCUGGUUCGUGGAAGAAGGCAAAGCCACGGUUCGACUGAAGGAGCCUGCGAUUGACAUCUGUCUGAGUAAAGCCGACAUCAGCAGCCUGAAGAGCUUCCUCUCCGCCGCGCGUCUGGCUCACAGAGGAAGUGACACGGACUCGCUCCCUCUGUUGGCCCUCGGCCCGGCCCGCGCCCGUGAUGUGGAGAAACCCAAGAAGAAGCUCAGCAUUCUGUCGAAGAAGGACUAUCCGCUCACGUCCAGCUUCCCGUGUUCUCUGGAGCAGCUGCAGGUGUCGUACUGCAGACUAACCCGUGUGGACAUGCGCAUGCUGACCCUCAGAGCCCUGCGCCGGCUGGACCUCAGCAACAACCACAUCAAGAAGCUGCCCUCCACCAUCGGUGACCUGAGCUGCCUCGCAGAGCUGAUUCUCCACAACAACCACCUGGAGAGCUUCAGCGACGGCCUGUGCUCCUCGACCCUGCAGACGUCGCUCCAGCAUCUGGACCUGAGUCAGAACCAGCUGCAGGUCCUGCCCGCUCGCUUCUGUCAGCUGCAGCAGCUGGUCAACCUCAAACUGGACGAUAACAAACUCUCGCGGCUGCCUUUCCACAUCGGUCGGCUCUCCAAGCUGCGCUUCCUGUCCGCCGCUCACAACCAGCUCACCGUACUUCCUGCCAGCUUCAGAAAACUGUGCCUGGAGAACCUGGACCUGUUUGGAAACCCGUUCUCUCAAGCCAACGCUCUGGAGCACACGAUGCACCUCACGUUCCCGCUGACGCUGCAGGAGCUGGCGUCCCGCGCCGUGCUGGAGCUCAGAAUCCCACACGGUCCUCACGUCGUGCCGCUGCACCUGUGUCACCAGCUGGACUUCUCUAAAGCGUGCGACUGCGGCCGGGUCUGUGUGAACUCCUUCAUCCAGACGGCCGUCAGCAUGAACCUGCACCUGGUGUCUCACACCGUAGUGUUGGUGGAUAACAUGGGCGGCACCGAGGCUCCGGUGCAGAAGCACUUCUGCUCGCUCAUGUGUUACUGUGAGUUCAUGGACGGCUGCGUGCAGCGUGAUCUGAGAUGAUGACGCGAGGAUCACGCUCUCGUGUGGACGAACACUGAUCUGUUUUCAGUGUUUGUUUUGUUUCUCUUUUAGCUCAAUGUUUAAGGGACCGUUUUGUGUAGAACACCUUUAAACUACAGCAUCACAACAUGUUUUGUGAAAUAAAUAAAAGUCAUUAAAACAAA